AUGUCAAGCGGCCUUCCCUAUUUGAACAAGCUGCGCAAGCCGGAGCUGGUCGAGUUUGCAGAGAAAACCGAUCUUCAAGACUUCUCCGACUAUAACAAGAAUGAACUCGCCGUCGCGCUGGACAAGCACUUGAGCAGCAAUCGCGCGAUUUUCUCCGGGGAGAAGUCUCUGGCCGAUUACUACAAGCGGCUGUCGGCGCCUCCCCGUGGAGGAUCGCCCGUCAAGCGCGAAGCCAAGGUCGAGAUCACCCCCACCGUGAAGAAGACACCCGGCCGCAAGCCCAACGCGCAGAAGCAGGAGGAAGCAACCUCAACAGCGCGUCGCAUGCGACAGAUCCAUCACCAUGCGAUUAUCAUAUUAACCAUUUGCGACAGUUCUUCCGAGGAACCAUCAACUCGCAAGUCGCCCAAGUCUCCCGUCUCGCCCAGCGAAGUGGUGCGCCGUUCUACAAGCCGCGUUCGCGCGGCCUUCGACGUGCCUCCAUCCCCUGCACAGGUGACGGACGCGAUUGACCGGCAAACCACGCGCGUGCGCGAGGGUCUCGAGCAAGCCUGGACCUCAUCUGGUGUCACGGAGCGCACGCACUUGCUGCGCGCCAACCUGAGCAGCCUCUUCGCGAUCGAGGCUCUCGUCGUGCUUGUCGAGGCUUACACUGUUAUAUCCGAAGAGCUGCCCAACCGCUUCUUGACCACUAUCAAGGCCAACCCUACCCUGCACACUCCUACUAUCCCGAUCAAGGUCCCCGAUCUGUUCCGUCUGGUGACCCCAGGCUUCUGGGCUCCCUUCACCCUGUGGCUCCUCACUAACUUGGUCCUCCCCUUGAUCGCCGCCUACUUCUUCAACCUGAGCUGGCACGCUGCUACUGGCGGUGGUGCGCGCCGGGGUCGCUCAGCGGCUUCCUCGGGCACUUUCGACCCCCCUUACCUUCAACAUCGCCAAGGCGUUGCUUGUGUGGAAGGUGGCUUCUCCUUCUGGGGCCUGUAUAGCAAUCUUGCCCUGGAGCAGGUCAACACUGCCAUUCCCGGCAACUACUACGGCAUGUGGACAGGUGCCGCCAUCGGCGUGAUCGGCGCACUCUACGAGGCUAUUCUACGCCGCUCGUAG